CCUCUGCUGCCCCGUGCCUGGGCUCCGAGGAUCACAGAGGCCCUGGACGGAGCUGACUGCCCCCAGCCCCGUGUCAGGCCACGAUGCUCAUGAGGAAAGUGCCUGGCUUCGUCCCGGCCUCCUCGUGGGGGCUGCGGCUGCCGCAGAAGUUCCUCUUCCUUCUCUUCCUCUCUGGCCUGGUCACCCUGUGCUUCGGGGCCCUCUUCCUGCUGCCCCACUCCUCUCGCCUCAAGCGCCUCUUCUUGGCCUCCCGGAUCCAGCAGCCCGGCCUGGAGGUGGUGGCUGAUGUCGUUGGCCACCCUCCGGUCAGAGAGCAGAAGCCGCCUCCCAACCCAGCCCCCGCCGCGCCGGCCCCGGGCGAGGACGACCCCAGCAACCGGGCCAAUCACCCCCGCAGGAAUGGGUGGCCGCGGCGCACGCGCCCCACCGGGCCCCGGGAGGAGGUCACAGCGGUUCGGGGCAAUGGCAUCGCAGCCCUCGGGCCCCGGCAGAGGAGCGUCCCGUUUAGCUUUGACUUCAAUGCGUUCCGGAGUCGUCUCCGCCACCCCGUGCUGGGGACGAGGCCCGAUGAGAGCAAAGAGCCCAAGAGCCAAGUGCGAGCCCAGCGGGAGAAAGUUAAGGAGAUGAUGCAGUUUGCCUGGCAAAGCUACAAGCAUUAUGCAAUGGGGAAAAAUGAGCUCCGUCCACUAACAAAAGACGGCUACGAGGGAAACAUGUUCGGAGGGCUCAGUGGGGCAACCAUCAUUGAUUCCCUCGACACCCUCUACCUCAUGGAGCUGAAGGAGGAGUUCCAAGAGGCCAAGGCCUGGGUUGAAGAGAGCUUCCACCUGAAUGUGAGUGGAGAGGCAUCCUUGUUUGAGGUGAACAUCCGCUACAUCGGAGGACUCCUCUCAGCCUUCUACCUGACAGGAGAAGAGGUGUUCCGAAUAAAAGCCAUCAAGCUGGGACAGAAACUCCUGCCCGCCUUCAACACUCCCACGGGAAUCCCAAAGGGCGUUGUGAACUUCAAAAGCGGCUCCAAUGGAAGCUGGGGCUGGGCGACGGCAGGGAGCAGCAGCAUCCUGGCUGAGUUUGGAUCCCUGCAUUUGGAGUUCUUACACCUCACCGAGCUCUCUGGCAACCAGGUCUUCGCCGAAAAGGUCAGGAACAUCCGAAAGGUCCUCCGGAAGAUUGAUAAGCCUUUUGGCCUCUACCCCAACUUCAUCAGCCCAGUGAGUGGGAACUGGGUGCAACACCAUGUCUCGGUUGGCGGACUUGGGGACAGUUUUUAUGAAUAUUUAAUCAAAUCCUGGUUGAUGUCAGCCAAGACAGAUACAGAGGCUAAAAAUAUGUACUACGAAGCCUUGGAGGCAAUAGAGACCUACUUGCUGAAUGUCUCUCCUGGGGGGCUGACCUACAUUGCUGAGUGGCGAGGGGGGAUUCUGGACCACAAGAUGGGGCACCUGGCCUGUUUCUCGGGGGGCAUGAUCGCUCUCGGCGCUGAGGAUGCCAAGGAAGAGAAGAGGGCCCACUACCGAGAGCUUGCAGCCCAGAUCACCAAGACGUGCCACGAAUCGUACGCCCGCUCAGAUACCAAGCUCGGGCCCGAGGCCUUCUGGUUUAACUCCGGCAGAGAGGCAGUGGCCACGCAGCUGAGCGAGAGCUACUAUAUCCUGCGGCCCGAGGUGGUGGAGAGCUACAUGUACCUGUGGCGGCUGACCCACGACCCCAUCUACAGGGAGUGGGGCUGGGAAGUGGUGAUGGCCUUGGAGAAACACUGUCGGACAGAAGGAGGCUUCUCCGGGAUCCAAGAUGUCUACAGCAGCAUCCCCAACCACGACAACAAGCAGCAGAGUUUCUUUCUAGCGGAGACAUUGAAGUAUCUCUAUCUUCUGUUCUCUGAAGAUGAUGUGCUCUCCCAGGAAGACUGGGUGUUCAACACUGAGGCUCACCCACUCCCAGUAGACCACUCGGACAGCUCUGGCAGGGCCAGGGGCAGACACUGACCCCGUCUCCCCACAGCUCCUGGAGCCGCUGCAGACAUGUCUUGCCUUUUCGGGAUUUGCGACUGUUCUCAAAGGGAUUGGGAACAUAGGCCCCAGCCCGGGCAGACCCCAGGCAGAUCUGUCGGACAGGCAACUUCUUUUCCUCUAUGAGGAGACAAGGACUCAGAGACGCAGCGAUGUCAGACAAGGGCCACCCUACAGCAGGCCCCAGACAUUCCUUUCUAUGGAGAAUUUCUAUGAAACCCACUCACUUGCCAUUCCAGGGCCAAAGGACCGGAGGUUUGCAUACUGACCCCAUGUAUAAGCUCCACUUCCUUCUUGUUUUGUUUAGCUUGGUUUUGCCUUUUCUCUAUAGUUGAGUUUUAUCAUAAUCAUAUAAUUUUCAAAACCAUGUACUUUCUAAAAUGGUGGCUUCCUGAUCAAUGAAAUCUUCAAGUGUAUGCACACACACAAAAAAAGCCUUGGCCCCAUUUUCUAUACUUUCAAUGCCUUUUGCCCAGCAUUUACUAUAUGUUCAGUUAUGUGUCAUUUACUUUUUCAUAUGAGGAGGGGUUUCCCUUUGACUUGGGUCUAAGUGUUAACGAAUCACUAGUACUAUUUUCAUUAUUGUAAUGGAAAAAUCUGUGAACUAGAAUAAAAGAGUUUAUUGAAUAAAAAAACCUGAUUGAGCUCUUUGCACAUCAGUGACUCCUGAGAAAACCGCCGCAAUGUUAUCGUCAGAAAGAAUUAUCAA